AUGUCUAGAGUGGCUUCGUUAAAUGGUGUCACGAUUCCACGGUUACAACUUUGUGCACCGGUGCUUCUCAAGAAACUCUACGUCGAAUCGAAACCUCAAUUCGAAUUUCCAAUAAAGAAAACAUUCUUAUGGUCAAAUGCCACGAUCCUACUUUUUUGGGUAAAAAAAGAUCCACAUUUGUUAAAGACGUUUAAGGCCAAUAGGGACGCAGAUAUUCAGACAUCAGGUGAUCGAGUUCAUUGGAGAAAUGUCCGUUCCGAUGAUAAUCCUGCCGACGCUACGCUCGAGGACAACUACCAUCAGAUUUUAUUAAAAAUUCUCUUUGGAUUGCAGGUCCUAGUUGGUCAGUUUAUCUUAAAAAAGAAUGGCCUAGGUUGGUUAAAAUAA